GCUCAGAAAUCGUGGGUCCCAGAGCCAGAGUCCAUGGAGCUGGACCACCGACAAGGUACAACCACUUUGACAAGGACCCACCCAGACAACAAGGACGAUUCCUGGAGAGCUGCCCACAGCCCCUUGGACAGCUCCAAAUUCAAGUACCAUUCAGGGCUCUCCCAGAGCCCUCGAGGCAGCCCCCUGGGCCAGGGCCACCUGGAGAUCCCACCUCCACUACCGACUCCUACCAGCAGGACUUCUCUGGCCAUGAGCUCCCAGUCUGAGGACCCGAAGAAGGUGGCAUCCAGAUACAGCUCGAGAGAGGCCAGGGAGACCUUCCAAGAGGGAGGUCUGGGGGAGGAAGGCCGGGACUCCAGGACCCUAGAGCAGAAGCCUCUGAGCCAGAAGGACAGCGUCAUUCCUGAAAACAUCCGUCACAAGUUUGGGAGCAAGGUGGUGGACCAUCUGAUCUCCGAGGAACAGGCUCAAAGGGCCAUUGGUGAAAUCUUUGAGAACCAGAAGAGGUCAAGCUCAUGGCCUAGCAGGGUCCAGAGCCCCGUGAAAAUCUCCUCCAUCUUCUCAGACUACUAUGACCUGGGCUACCACAUGCGGUCCAACUUGUUUCAAGGCGCACCUCUGGAGACAAAGAGCCUCAUGAAGGCUUCCUACACGCCGGAGGUGAUUGAGAAGUCGGUGAGGGAUGAAGAGCACUGGCAUGGCAGGAAGACGGACGAGCUGGGUCGGUGGCACCAGAAAAAUGCUAUGAACAUGAACUUGCAGAAAGCGCUGGAAGAGAAAUAUGGAGAGAAGAGCAAAUCCAGGGGCAAGUAGUUGAAAGGACGUUGGAAGGAAGCUCAAGGAGAGUGCUGCCAAUAAAGAGCGCAAGGCUCUGGUCUGAGCCCCACCCCUGUGUGCUGUUGUUGCUCUCCAUGCCAGG